GAAUACAAGGCAAUAAGAGCAAUAAUAGAAGAAUGUACAAAGUCUGCAGGGAUCUGGAGCAGAAAAUAACAACAGUGGCUUAGACAGUCAUUGGCAAAGCCUUCAGUGAGGAGGUGGAAAGAAAGUUGUUGGGCAGAAGAUGACAUCCCAGACAAAAGAAGCAGCAAGGCACAGAGGUGUGAACAGCUGGCCAGCUUAAAGAGAGGAGCCCUGGCUGUGGCCAGGGGGCAGUGGGCCAUGCCGGGAGCAGUGGAAGGCCCCAGCUGGAAGCAAGCGGAGGACAUUAGGGAUAUUUACGACUUCCGAGAUGUUCUGGGCACGGGGGCCUUCUCAGAGGUAAUCCUGGCAGAAGAUAAGAGGACUCAGAAGCUGGUGGCCAUCAAAUGCAUCGCCAAGAAGGCCCUGGAGGGCAAGGAGGGCAGCAUGGAGAAUGAGAUCGCUGUCCUGCACAAGAUCAAACACCCCAACAUUGUAGCCCUAGAUGACAUCUAUGAGAGUGGGGGCCACCUCUACCUCAUCAUGCAGCUGGUGUCAGGCGGGGAGCUGUUUGACCGCAUCGUGGAAAAAGGCUUCUACACAGAACGGGAUGCCAGCCGCCUCAUCUUCCAGGUGCUGGAUGCCGUCAAGUACCUGCAUGACCUGGGCAUUGUACACCGGGAUCUCAAGCCAGAGAAUCUGCUAUACUACAGCUUGGAUGAAGACUCCAAAAUCAUGAUCUCUGACUUUGGCCUCUCCAAGAUGGAGGACCCAGGCAGUGUGCUCUCCACGGCCUGUGGGACCCCAGGAUACGUGGCCCCUGAGGUCUUGGCCCAGAAGCCCUACAGCAAGGCUGUGGAUUGCUGGUCCAUCGGGGUCAUUGCCUACAUCCUGCUCUGCGGUUACCCCCCCUUCUAUGACGAGAAUGAUGCCAAACUCUUUGAACAGAUUUUGAAGGCCGAGUACGAGUUUGACUCUCCUUACUGGGACGACAUCUCUGACUCUGCUAAAGAUUUCAUCCGGCACUUGAUGGAGAAGGAUCCAGAGAAGAGGUUCACCUGUGAGCAGGCCUUGCAGCACCCAUGGAUUGCAGGAGAUACAGCUCUAGAUAAGAAUAUCCACCAGUCAGUGAGCGAGCAGAUCAAGAAGAACUUUGCCAAGACCAAGUGGAAGCAAGCCUUCAAUGCCACGGCUGUGGUGCGACACAUGCGGAAACUGCAGCUGGGUACCAGCCAGGAGGGGCAGGGACAGACGGCAAGCCACGGGGAGCUACUGACACCAGCAGCUGGGGGGCCAGCGGCUGGCUGCUGCUGUCGAGACUGCUGCGUGGAGCCAGGCCCGGAACUGUCCCCCACACUGCCCCCCCAGCUCUAGAGCUCUGGAUCUAGGGUCAGGAUCCCCUGCAAGGAGGGGCUGGGGGCAGUCUGCUCCCUUUCCCUCCCUGAACUGGGGAGUUACCCUGCCCCAUCCCCUCCUCACCCACUUCCUUGCCACUCCUCACUGCAUUUUCCAUACAAAUGUUUCUAUUUUAU